CUGCAGGCCGGUAUAAAGCAGGCAGAUCUGACCAGGUGAAUACACGAGGCUUCAGUCUGCAGCCGAGGGACGGACAUGGAGUUUGGGUUCACUUUCAGGAAUUUCUGGAUUUGUUUCCUGCUGUUUGGCAGUGGUGCUUGUUACCCUGCAACAAAAGGCGGGUAUGUAUAUCCUUACAGACCUAGCCAGGGUUAUGGUGAAGGCUCGGUUACUUCUGGAAACUCCAACUCUCUUGCAUCAUCCGGCCAUCAACCUACAGGCAGCUCAUCCUCCAGUUUUGUGUCGCUGCAGCAUGAGCCAGCAGCUGAGGCCCAUCACACCAGCUCUCCAGUCACCCCAGGAGCUCCCAGCAUGUCCUCGGGCUCUUCUGGCCAUGCUGGACCCUCCUCAAGCUAUGAGCCCCACAACUUUCUUGUAGGACUUUAUUCCAGCCUGUCAAAACCAAGCUCUCAUAAACCCUACAGCCCUGAACCCCAAAAGCCUUCUGUCUCUCAGGAAGUGGAAAGGGGUGAUGCUUUGCAGAGUCCCAGCUCUUCAGGCCAUGUUCCAGGUGGCGUGCCUUACUCCAGCCUGCAGGAUGCCUAUGGACCUAAUGCUGGCAGUGCUGUAUCCACUUAUACCGGCUCAACCUACAGCGGAGGGACCUCUCAAAGUGGAGGUAGCACUGCUGGGUAUGUUAGCCCUCCUGUUGUCCCACCUUCACCCACGGGUUCUGGACAAAAUUCUCCUAGCUUUUCUCCUCAGCCUGAACCAGCCACCAGCGCCCCUGAAGCCGGAUGGUACAACUCUGGUUCCAGUUACCAGAGUUCACAUGCAGAUGUGCAACAAGGUGACGUAUCUGGUCCCAUCUCUGAGGUUUCACAGUUCCCAUCCCAGACUGCCACUGAUACAGAGGGCUUCCAAUACCCUGCGGCCUCUGAGAAUACCGGUGCUGACUUUUCAUACCCAAGUUACGGAGGUGCCUCCACUUAUGAGUUUGCCCCCAGUGAGCCAGGAUCAUCAUCAUUUAGCUACCCAGAAGAACCAUCCUCCUCCAGUGUGUCUGAGUGGGAAGAGCAGCCUGAAGUCUAUGCUCCUGCAGCAGGAAGUUAUGACCCAGCUCCUAGCACCUCUGAGAAUGAAGAGAUGUACCCCAGUUCGGCUGAGGCAGUCUAUGAACCAAGUUAUGGAAUGGACACUGUUCCUCUUCCAGACCCAGGCUUCAUCACCCAGCAGUUUGAGGAGACACCUCAGUUCGUGAGUGAGCCUUAUCCAACCAGCUACAUCAUCCAGUCCCAUAGCGGCUACCAGCGAGGCAGAGUGUCCUUCACCAACACAAAGUACUCCCUGGACACUCCUCAACCACCAGUUCCUCGCUUCAAGCCUGUCAUGCCACAUCGGCCUGUUUCUAGACCAGUUUCUGCCCCAAAAGGGAUGGGAAAAGCCUAAAAGGGAACCUUGGUGAAUGACAGAGCUUCAACAUCCCUGCAAUCAUCUUUAACGGUCUUGAUUCAAUUUGUAAUGGGGAAAUAAAAUUUUUGAAUUUAUA